GUACACUUGGCCCACAUUAUUCCUGCUGGCUUGCAUCUAUGGCAACCUGCUUGGCAACAAGGAGUCAGUUGGGCUGAGGCCCUGAGCCACUAUCAGAAGGGACAAGGCUGAAGUGGAAGAAUUUGGGGCUGUGGGCGGUUUCUCCGAAAGCCAUGGAGUCCUCUGCAGGGCCUGGGAUGCCUUCGCCCAAAUACUGCAGUGUGGCCAGAACCCUGAAGGCGCCUGCCUGGGCCUGCGCCGCUCUGCCCUGGGACUUCUCCUUCAUCUGUCCCCUUGCCCUCCAGGCGCCUUGGCUCACCUGGCACAACCCUCCCACCAGAUAUGUGUCUUACCACCCGUUUCUCCACAUUGGUGACCUGGCAUGCCAGGGCCCUGGCUGGCUGGGAAUAACUGGAGAUGCUGCUGACACAUGGGUCUUGGCAAGAAGGGAAUCAGAUGGCUUUUAUUACCAGGCUCAGAUAAAGCCUGCUCCAGAGCUGGAGAGGCAGGGGGCUCUGCUUGUGGAAUUCGAGACUCCCCUAGUCACAGACCCAAAGCUGCCAGCCCAGCAGCAGAGCGUGGUCUUAGAAGAAGAUGUCAUUCAGUUCCCACCAUCCAAGGAAUCCUCCCUGCGACCUGGGGACAAGGUGCUAGCACUGUGGGGGCCAGGCCGACAGCGGUAUGGCCCAGGCACUGUUCUCUCGGGCUUGGAGGCGAGAGACCCCCAGAGAGAUUCUCUGACAAAGCCUUUUGAAUCUGACGUGAAAAUGGAGACAGGGAGGCAUGCACAAAUGCACUGGGAAGUGGUGGUGAAUGGGGAGCAGAAUCAAAAGAAAUUACUGUUCACUUCUGGAAUGGCAGGACAGCUACAGUGCCUCCAGGUGGGGUCAGAAGGCCCUGAAGAGGAGGAAGCACCGGUGCAAACUCCCGUGGCUGUUUCCUCCUCCUCCUCUGCCUCCUCAGAAGAGGAUUUGGAGAAUGAUCCAGAGAUGAGUCUCCCCCAGAGGCUGAUGGUGGACAGCACGGCCAACACAGACCCUGUCCUUCUCAAGAAGUCUCCAAGGAGGCAGGGUGGCCUCUGCCAGCCCGAGUGGAGGAAUCUGAUGCACUGUCCACUGUGCUGGGACUGGAAGUAACACUUUGGAGUGUGGUCAAGUUGAAGGGGAGGCUGUGGGAAGAAGGAAAUGGCACAGGUUUCCAUUUAAGCAAUAAAGCCCAAGAAAAGAUAGGCUGAUCCUUGUGCUAACGUUUGCAUCCCUAGUUGACUUGUCUUUUCUUUCUUCACUAGUGCCUGAUAGGGCGCUGCCAUUGUCCAUUUUUUGCCUGCCCCCCUCUCCCAUUCCCCUACCUUUUUUACUUGGAGGCCUUGAUUUUUCUCUAGAUGAAUAGUGAAAAUGCUCCCAGUUGUUUAUUAGCCCUCAGUGGCCUGAGCA